AUGAACGCCAAGCUGAACCGUGGCUUUUGGCCCAAAUUGGAUGAGUCUGGGGCCUUCAAAGUCCGCAGAACUGUUCAUCCAAAGAUGGCGUACGCUGGGCCAUCGGGCCAUCCCACGGGCGCCCGUCUCUUCCGUCACAAACUCACGCCCCAGGAGGAGGAGAUCAUCAAGGUGUCCUUCGAGUCCUUUAGCGAGGAGUCUUUGGAUGCAAAGGGUGAGCCGAUCAAAGAUUCCAGGGGCGAGGUUAUUCGUGUGAUCACCAUUGACUCCUUAAAACAAGCGUUCAAUCAGAUUGGCGCUUCUGGUGACAUUCACGACGUCCAGCUGAUGAUAGACGAUAUCGACGCCAACAACGACGGAAGGAUUGACUUUGAUGAGUGGAAAGGCAUCAUGACACGUAAGCUGCUGGGUGAGGACAGCAUGGGCUCAGCCCCACACACGUUCCAAGUGUUGGAUGACAACAAGGACGACUACAUUCCUGCGGUGGAGUUGCGCUCCAUCCUGAUGAAGGAGGGAUUGGCGCCUCUCAGUGAGCAGGAGGUGGAUGAGCUGCUUCUUUUUGCUGACCCGGAUCAGGAUGGCCUUGUGAACUACAAAGAGUUCCUGAGGUGGCUCAGUAAUCCAUACUGGACUCAUCAAUACAAAGAUUAGACGUGGAGUGUCCCUCGGAGAUGUCGCUCCAUUGCUUGCGAUGUCGAGCCCGUGGGGUGCUCUGAGGAAAUCGGCCAAGACCGUCUUGGGAUCAAUUUGAAAAUCAGUGUGCACAUGGGCAAC